CUCACCAUGACUGCACAAGCCGUCCCGUCAAAGCCUCUCAAAUUAUCUCAGCUGAGCCCUGAGGAAGAGGACACUCUCAUUCACGCCCGAAUCACAAAUGACGAGAGGUCUCUUCGGCGUCUUACGAAGAAAUUUCAUUCCUAUGCAUCUAUAGCAUAUCCACCAAUAGUAGAGACCGCUUCCGCUGCUACGUCGUCCGUGGAAGAGGCACGGGAAGCAUUCUUGAUCGAGCUGGCGAGUUUCCAGUUACUGUUACGGAAGAAUCGUAUGGCGUGUAAUGCCGAGCGGAGACAAGUGGAUGUGUAUGAACAAGAGAGUGCACGGAUAGAAAACGAACGCACAAGUCUCAAGCAAGAGAUCGAGGAGCUGAAAUUGACGCUGGAACAAGCACAACUUGAGCGGCGAAGGAAGAUUGAAUACGACCAGAUUGCGGAGAAAAUUAAUGGCCUUCCAACAAGGGAUGAGCUUGAGCUGUCGAUAUCUUCUUUAGAAAACGACAUUCAGGUCACUAAAGACGAACAUGAAACGCUAAAUCGCUCUAUUCUGGCACGAAAGGCUGCUCUGGACGCAAUCAUUGCAGAUAUUGGGCGAUUAUCUGUGUUAGGAAAAGACGUCCCAAAACUCGACGCAACCACUUCUCGCGCGCCUUCCGAACCGCCUGAUGCAGAGCCGGAGACUAGUGCUUUAGGUUUAGACGCUGACGCUUCAGGUCCCGCGGCUGCUGUAGAAGGCGAGGGCGAUAAGUCAGACGAUGCAAGUAUGAAAAGGAGUGCAUCACUCAAUCCUGCUGCAAAAUCGUAUUCACCACGACCUUCGACUCCGCUUUUGCAAACUGCAACGCAGCAACUUCGUGUGCAGAACUCAAUGUCUGGAAUUAGUGCGACUGGACUCACACCGGCGGUUUCGCGGGAUGCAACACCCGUGUUCACCCCAGUUGGUGGUCCGGAUAGUAGCCCGUUAUCACCAGCUGAGGAGCCACAGUCUCCGCCAGGGGACGAUAAACGUGAAGAAGGCGAGGAGAACGAGGAGGGUGAGGAAGCAGAGGAUAUUGAAAUGGGCGAGGUAUCAGAAGAGAAGGCCGGGGUUAGAGGAAGAAAGACUGAUGAGGAUCGAGAAGAAGGCGAGGCAAGUGACGAAUCCAGUGUCUUGUCUGACCCUCCAGAUGAAUAGGCACCUGCGGAUUUCAUGUCACUCCCUUGAUGUUUUAAACAUUAUAUUACCAUUCUUUUCAUUAUGUGUGCACUCGUCCAGCUGCCAAGGUUUAAUAUGCAUCAUCUUAUUGGUUUAGACAUUGAGCUUCCUCAUAUUCCGUUUUUCAAUGCGAACCGAAUGGUGGCAUGUGCAGGA